AUUGAUUCCACUAUUUCCGCGCGAAUCUAGGAUGGAGGGUCCUCAUUCCGUUGCGUUGCCUAUCCAAGAUGAGGGGAAAGAGAGUUCUGCAAGACGUGUGUGCUCCUGCUUGGGGGACAGACAGUGACGGUGUUCAGCAGCAGGAAACUACAGAGUGAGUGGUGCUUGACUGACACCUUGUGCAUUUUCAGAAGGAGCGCUUCCCGUGCGCAGGCUGCCAAAUAUUUUGACACAGACAAGCAGAACGAGAAACACAUCAGAACAUACCAUGAAUGCUUGUGGCCAGGAGAGGAAUUUCAGUUGCUGCGCCCCAAGCAUGGGAAGGGCGCGGAAAGCUCGAAACAAGAAAGCUGGCUUCAGACAAAAACAAUUUGCACGUCGGGGCUGUUCGCCGCUAUUGCCUACUGGCCGAACUACAAGUACAUGCAUGACGUGGAUCGCUCAUCUGCGUGCCAGGGCUUGAGUCAGUUGCUGGCUUGCCUAUUGAACUGCAAAGGGCAGUGUGCUUUUCCUCAUGUGAAGUGUGGCCAGCAGGGCCGGAACCCUGACCGCGUGUCCAUAGAGUUGGAUGCCAGUGGCCGUGUGAUGAUCCAGAGUUUCUUUAGUAGAAAUUUCUGGAUGGAGAGUGCGCGGGCGCUUUGGAAGAAAGACUUCAAGAAUUCAGAGAAGACAUGGGUGAACGUCAUGGCUUUGUUCGAUGAACAGUGCUUGAUUUCUCUUUCGGAUGUGGUCGCCUUCACUCUGGAUCCACAGCAUCCCAGAGAGUUUCAAGAUGUUGCUCUGCCAAGCGUUUUUAGGCUGCUGACUGAGAUGGCCUAUGAGAUAUCUGCGUUGAAGACAUGAGUUCAACAACAACCAAUUUUCGAUCUGGUCAAAAGCGGAAGCGAUUGACCCAAGCUGUUUCUCAAGCUGCAGUGGAAAUGGUUGCAAACAAAAUCUGGUUCUGGGGAUGAGAGGUUCAUCAAAUCAGCCACCACCAAAGUGGGCGCCAAUGUGAACCCUUCAGGGAUUGCAGCUUCAAUCAUGUUCAUCUACUGGUGCACUGCGCGGGCCUUUUUCAAAGGCGUGCGAGUUUACCAUGUAUACACUGAUGGCUCCUCUGUGGCCAAACGCCCGCUCGAGCUUACGUGGGUUUUCUCUCCAGAGAAAGGCCGCGGCGUUUUUGCACCGCCCAUUGCAGGGAACCCUAGACGGUCAGUUGCGGGUGAUCUUUUUGGAUAGCCGCAGUCAGACUGGAUUAUGCACAGUAAUACUCCAGAAUUAAGGAAUUAAGGACAUAACGUGUGUUUGGAUUCUAUCUGUGCCUUGUGCGUUGAUUUGAAAUGGCCACUAACAUAGCUAAAUCCACGAGUGUUGUGGCUUCAACGUCCGUCUGUGGCAUUCCAGCAGAAACGGUGAAACCGUGUGAGAG